AUGAGCAAUUCAAUGUGUCAAAUUAAAGAUGUUCAGAUGUUCUCUUUUCAGGUCAUGUCCAAUCAUGUCAAAUCAAAUCAAGCCAAAUCAAACCCAAUCAAUUCAGAAUCAAGUAAAAAUGUAUUAACAAAUCAACCAUUCCAUCUAAACUGGGCAUGGAUCUCGCUAGAAAGUAAAGAGAUAGAGGUGAACGAAACAGCUAAUAAACUGAAAGUAAAAUUAAUUAGAAGAGGCUACCUGGGAGAGACAUCUUUUGUCACUAUUAAUGUAAUCAAUGCUACAGCUAAAGUUGGUGAAGAUGUCCAUAAAAGAUUUGCCAAACAGGUUCAGUUUAAUCCAGGUCAGACAGAAAAGACAUGGCGAGUUAAACUAUUGGAUGAUACAGUAUUUGAAGAGAAAGAAACAUUACAAAUUAAACUAUCAGAUCCAAUAAUGAGCAUUAUAGAAAAACCAGAUCUAGCUAUAAUCACUAUUAUAGAUGAUGAAGAUGAAUCAGUGGUACAGUUUGAGAAAGGUGUAUAUCAUGUUGGUGAAGAUAUUGGUGAAGUAUUGAUACCUGUCAAACGUACUGGGGAUCUUUCUGAUGAAUUUAUGGUCAUCUGCUCCACCAAACAAGGUUCAGCAACAGGAACUAUACCAAGUACAGUGACCUCCUUCUCUGAUUACAUCACUAGACCAGACGACCAUCGUAGUAUUUUACGUUUUGAUAAAGAUGAAGAUGUGAAGUACUGUCGAGUUAUGAUUAUUGAUGAUUCACUGUUUGAAGAUGAGGAAGAAUUUACUGUGGUCUUGUCUGAACCGAUGGGAGGUAGAAUUGGUGGUGUCAAUGCAUCAAAAGUCAUUAUUGAACCAGAUAAGAAUGAUGAACCAACAUUUUAUUUUGGUAAAGGAGAAUAUAUGGUAGAUGAAAGUGAUGGAUUUGUAGAAGUGAAAGUAUGGAGAACUGGUACUGACCUGAGUAAAGCAUCUAGUGUUACUGUUAGAUCCAGGAGAACAGAACCAAGAUCUGCUGAAGCUGGAUUAGAUUAUAUAGCAGUCAACAGAAUACUGGAGUAUGCUCCUGGGGUAACCAUGCAGUUAGUGAGGAUAACCAUUCUGGAUGAUCUCGGUAGACCUAAAGUUGAGGGCUUAGAGAAAUUCCAGGUUGUUUUGAGGAUGCCUAUGGGGGCCAUGUUGGGUGAACCAAGUAUGGCAGUUAUCACUAUUAAUGAUUCUGUUUCUGAUGUACCUAGUAUGGAGUUUAAAGAAGACAGCUAUACUGUUUAUGAAAAUGAUGGUAUAAUAGAAGUUACUGUUAAACGGUCAGGAGAUACUAGUAAAGAAGCUACCGUGCGAUGCUAUACCAGACAAAAUACUGCCAAGGUUGAUACUGACUAUCAAGAAAGACCUAAUACUAAUGUCUCUGUUGUUACUUUUAAACCAGGUAAAUCAGAAGAGAAAUGUAUUGUUAAGAUAACCAAUGAUACAACAUUUGAAAGAGAUGAAGAAUUGAGAUUGGUUUUAGGAAAUCCAUUAAGCGAUGGUGGACCAGCUAAAAUUGGACGUGAAAACACCACAAAGAUCCUUAUUAAGGACAUUGGAGAUAAACCAGUAAUACGACUAAAAGAGACUAAGUAUAUAGUAAAGGAACCAAUGUUUAAAGAAGAAACUAGUAUAAUGAAAGUACAAGUUAUAAGAGAUGGUGAUCUAUCUGAUACCUCUGUAGUGUCUGUUAACACUAAAGAUGGUUCAGCUGAAUCAGGCAAAGAUUAUAAUCCUAUUUAUAAAAAGGUAACAUUCGAUAAGAAUGUUUCAAUGCAAGAAGUAGAAAUAGAGAUAUUGUAUGAUGGACAGAAAGAAAUGAGAGAAGUUUUCACUGUACAUUUACGUAAUAGAAAAGGCAUUGCUGAUAUCAAGAAUCAGAAAGCUAUAGUAUUUAUUGAAGAGCGUAAUAAAGUAGCAGACGUCACUUUGCCUUCAGAACCAAUGGUCAUAUCAUUACGAGAUUAUGAUAAUAGUGAGGUGGCUGUAGAACAACCAUAUCAAGGCUAUCCUGUAGUCUGUUUAACACCAUGCAAUCCCAAGCAUCCAGAUUAUCCUAAAACAGGAGCCAUUUGUGCAUCAGAGGGAAUCAAUGAUACAUUAACAUUGUACAGAUGGAGAGUAUCUGCCCCCACCGGUGUUGACGGUGUCAGUAAUAAUUUACAAUCUGUGGAAUCUAACACAUUCUUUGCUAAUACCAGAGGGAUAUCAUUAGACAGCAUCUAUUUCUCUGGAGGAAGUAGAGUGCAAUGUGGUGCCAGAGCAGUGAACAUGGAAGGUGAUCCUGGUUCAGAAUUACUCAGUGAACCGGUUAUAAUCAGUCAAACCAAUGGUUUAUGUGAACCAAGACUCAUGGGAUCAGUUGGUGCUGAACCAUUUACUGCUAAAUUUAGAUACACUGGACCUGAUGAUCCCAAACAUCCUAACAAAGUGAAAGUAGCAGUGACAAUACCUCAUAGAGAUGGUAUGUUACCAGUAGUCUCUACUAACCAGUUAUCAAAUUUUGAACUUACGCUUAGUAAAGAUGGCACCAGACUGGCGCUGCAUCCAUGUUCUAAUCUACUGGACUAUGAUGAGAUACCUACUGGGUAUGGUUUUAUAACCAAUGCUACGAAAGACAUAGAUGUCAUUGGAGAGGUGGAACCAUAUCAGUACAGCAGUGAAAUUAGGGGCGAACCAACUUUAAGAUUUUAUAAGAAUCUCAAUCUUGAAGCCUGUGUUUGGGAAUUUGAAAGUUAUUUUGAUAUGUCAGAACUGGUCAAUGAGUGUGGUGGUUCUAUUGACACAGAUGGACAGGUACUGAAUGUAAAACAAUCGUAUGUAUCAUUGAGAGUUCCUCUGCAUGUGUCCUAUGUCUUCCAUUCACCUGUGGCAACAGGAGGCUGGCAACAUUAUGAUAUGUCAUCUCAACUACAACUGACAUUUGUCUAUGAUACCGCCAUAUUGUGGCAGAAUGGAAUAAGUUCUCCAGAAGCUAAUACUGGUCUUCAAGGUUAUUUAUUUCCUACUAGUAUGAGAAUAGGAGACAAUGAUAGAUUAACUGUUGCAUUCAGAACUGAAGCUAGAUUUAGAGGUCAAUUUGUCAGAGAUCAUCCAGGAAGUGAAAUGGAAUCCAUGGUAAUGUCAACUGAUAGACCUGAACUGACCUUCACCUUGAAGUUAAUCAGAUCUGAACCAACCUAUGAGAAUUCUGAACAACUGUGGGAAUUUGAAUCUGACUUUGCUGUUAGAGAUUAUUCUGGAAUGUACACAAUAAAGCUUAUACCCUGUACCACACCAAUGGAUCAGGAGUACUCAUUACCAAUAACCUGUAACCCUCGUGACCCCUUAACCUUUGACCUACCAAUCAGAUUCCAGCAAGUCAGUGAUCCAGUGCCAACCAAAUUCAGUCUGAACACAGACUUCCAUUUGAUGCGAAAGAGAGAAUUAUGGCUGUCAGAUGGCUCAAUGGGAUUUGGAGAUGAAACAGAUCCAGCUUUUUCAGCAGGUGAUAGAUUGUAUGGUAGAGUUAAUGUGGAUCCAGUACAGAAUCUAGGGGAUUCCUUCGGUUUAUCCAUAGAAAAGGUGUUUUUAUGUUCGGGUAAAGAUGGCUACAUACCAAAAUAUAACCCAGACAAUCAGGAAUAUGGCUGCCUCGCAGACUCUCCUAAUUUACAAUAUACUUUUAAAAUUAUGGAUAAAAAUGCACCAUAUUCAAUUGUAAAGUCAUUCCGUGAUAUACCAUUUAAUGCUAGAUUAGCCAAUGAAGAUCCAGAUGCUAUUAAGUUAGUAACACAGCCAGGAGCAGACGGUUUUCAUAUUGACUGUACACCAAUGUUCAAGGUUGAUGCUGGUCGUCAAUGGUUCUUACAUGCUAUAUACACAGUACGUUCACAAGCCAAUACGCAGAGAGGCAUCAGGAGUGCUGGUCAACAACAUCAUGUAAUGACAUCAUCUUUGGACAUACAAGACACUAUUGAAAGUGAAUUUAGUCUUGUAGUGAGAAACAAGCGUGCUAAAAAUGAUGCAGCCGGCAUUGGUGAACGUGGAAGAGGAACUAACUUAGCACGCAUUAAUAUGGACUAUGAUGUAGAAAAAAAUAUUUUCGAGGUUGGUCACAACACAACAAAAACUGAGAUCCCUCUUUUACCUAUUGUGAUAGCAAUUGCUGUGUUAUUGUUAAUUUGUCUGAUCGUGAUAAUUUUUUUCGUUCGUCGGCGCCGAAAGUCAACCUCACCGCCACCUUCACCCACAAACACUAUCACCGUGGCAACAGGCCAUGGCAGCAGUCGUAUUGUUAGUGCUAAUCAUUAUAAUAAUGGUAAUUCAGAAGUUUAA